AUGGAUUACAAACAGAGAACUCUGUUUCGGAAGAGAGUUUCGGGAGAGAGAGAGAAUAGUUCUCUGUUUGUAAUUGCUGCGAUCGGUGGAUAUAUGGUGGCAUUUGCUGGACAAAAGUACGCAGCAAGAUCACAACUCAUUUUAGUUGCAGACGACGCACACAUCAUAACAAGUUUUGCUUUGGUACUGGAAUUUGAUAGGGGUACUCUGGUAAACUUCCACUGUAGAAAGUUUGGGUGCGCAGAUUGCGCAAGGGACAAGUCAUUUGUGUGCCUCAAUAAAGAAGACUGUGCACUGCAAAGGUCCAAGUGUAUAAAUCAAGAAGGGACUUUUGAGUGCCCUAUAAGCAUACAGUUGACAUUCUCUGGCACUGGCAAGAAUCUUAAUACCCUCAAUUCCUUGUAUGAGCUCAAGAUUCUUCGACACAACUCCCUCCUUGGCCUCUUUCACUCUCUUACUCGUUCUCUCCUCACCAAUUAG